UUUAAUUUGAAGGUACGUGCCAUCUUAGGGAUGCAUGACAUCGCUUGGUGUUAAAGAUGAGCUCAGCUCCAAUGCUUCCUGUAGACAUCUAAUGAAUCUCAGUAACUAAAGACAUUAUAUGUGUCACCUGGAGAAAGAUGAUAAUGGCAGAUGACAAGGAUGUGCUCCGAGAUGUUUGGUUCGGAAAGAUACCGGCCUGUUUCACACUGUCUCCAGAGGAAACCACAGAGAGAGAGGCAGAACCCUACUAUCUGCUCCUCCCACGGGUCAGUUACCUGACGCUAGUCACUGAUAAAGUCAAGAAACAUUUUCUCAAAGUCAUGAAGGCAGAAGACGUGGAGGAGAUGUGGUUUGAAUAUGAGGGAACGCCUCUCAAGUGGCACUAUCCCAUUGGCGUUUUGUUUGAUCUCCUCGCAUCAAACACAGCUCUGCCCUGGAAUGUCACAGUGCGAUUUAAGAACUUCCCAGAACAUGACUUGCUUCACUGCCCAUCAAACUCUGUGAUAGAAGCACAUUUCAUGUCAUGCAUUAAAGAGGCAGAUGCACUCAAACACAAAAGCCAAGUCAUCAACGACAUGCAGAAAAAAGACCAUAAACAGCUGUGGAUGGGUCUGCAGAACGAUAAAUUCGACCAGUUCUGGGCCAUGAAUCGUAAACUCAUGGAGUAUCCUACCGAAGAGGGAGGCUUCCGCUAUAUUCCCUUUAGAAUAUAUCAGACGAUGAGUGACAGACCGUUCCUCCAAAAGCUCUUCCGACCUGUGUCUCCUGAAGGUCAUGUGCUUACGUUGGGAGACCUGCUGAAGGAGCUGUUUCCUGCUGCCAUAUGUGCGGAAGACGAGCCAAAGAGAUUCCAGGUUAUGAUUCACGGCAUUGAACCACUGCUGGAAACACCCAUGCAGUGGUUGAGUGAACACUUGAGCCACCCAGACAACUUUCUCCACAUCAGCAUCAUCCCAGCACCAAGUGACUGAUUCCAGAGGAUCCAGUUGUCCGUUGAUGGAGAAUUAGGGAUAAAAGAUCUGCAGAGACGUUCUGAUGGCACACCAUUUCUUCCUGUUUUCUCAUUCUCAUCCCUGCAGUGGCCUUAUCAAGCGAUGGUCAUCAAACAACAGAAUCCUGUGCACUUCACAUGAAGACGCUCUCGAAGCUUGAAGUUUAUUUCGAGCUCUCAGAUGGGUCCCGUGUUCUUGCUGCCUUUAAAAUUCUUACAUUCAUACAUUUGCACAAGCUUGAUGUGAUUGUACUCCCACAUUAACUCUUCUACACUCCCGUUCCCACUCUCUAAUUUGUGAGUAACGUAUGCUUAAGACUCUCAGAUCUGUUCAUUAUUAGGAGGAAUCCUGUUUGGUGUUUAAUGAGGCCACUAAACUGCUGUACGUACUACACGACCGCCAUGGGGCUUGAUUAUCAGCAUGUUUUAUGGAUGCAUCUAGGUCAGAUGAGGUGUAAAAUGAAGAUGGAAUUCUUGCAUAAAAACGAAAGCAGAAAAAAAUGAUGACUUUGGGAUUUGAGGGAAAAACAUCGGUGACUUCAUUCACUGGAUUAUAUGUGUCAGUGUCUGGUUUUGGCAGCCGUGUAGGGGGUCACACAGCUCAGUGGAGGUGAUGAUGGCCAAGCUGAUUAGUCACAGUCCCAGACAAAUGUUAGUGGGAUAUAGCACAAAUGAAGCUUUCUUUCCCGGAUACUUUCCCGGUGGGGGGUUGAUUAUUCAUUUACAGCAAAUAUUUGAUCUUUGAAAUGGGUGUGUAUCGUAUAAAACAUAAGUCAGAGGCUAUACAAAUACAUUAUCAUAUCGCACUGUUUCCAACAAAUUAACCUUACAGUAUUUUUUCCCCUCGUUUAUUUACAACCUGUAGGCAGACUGGCUGUCUGUGUUUAGGGGGUUGUGGGGACUGUAGAUCAGUGCUGCAGACGACACACAGCUGAGAGUGAUUAUUCGUUUAGAGGAAUCGGUGAGUGUUUUACCCCAGACCGAGACAGAGAGACAGCGGGCAAAACCGCAGAGCUUACGCCACCACCAGGCGACUUCUCGGCAGACUGUUCUUGAGACAAUGCUGUUUGUGUACAAACUUUCAGAUGUUUAUAUCAUUCCUUGUUUGACUCUGAAUAAUUACAGAAAUAAAGAUGCUGCAACUCCUCACUACUAAUAACACGGUUAAAAUGAUAAUAACAUGGUUCAAAUGUGCAUUUUCUUGCGUUAUUUUAAUUGUGGUGAUUGCUUUUCUGUCUUUGCUAGAUUAAUUCAAAAUGCAUUUAAUUAAAACAAUAUUUUAUAGCUA